GCGCAUCCGGGUCAGACUGAGCCUCUUGCUCUCAGUCUGUGACUGGUGGUGGUGCCGCGCAGUCCGCGCUCUCCCUUCCCGGAGUGACCGAGCCGCAGUGCCCACCGGUGAGAAGUGACCCGCUGCCCCAAGCAGAGGAAGACCAGGAGGAGACGGGGGAGCGGCCAGCGGCCGGGCUGGGAAGCUGCGGUGCGGGCUGGAGACUUUGCUACUACGCUUGCUGCUGCUUCUGGGAACCGGGGGCCAGCACUGAGGAGCCUUCCGCGGACAGCGACCCCCUCCCCCGGCUCCCCUGCCCGCCCUGCCGGGGAGGGCGGAAGAUGCCGGUGAAGAAGAAGAGAAAAACCUCUGGCGUGGCAGCGGCAGUAGCGGAAGACGGAGGCCUCAAAAAGUGUAAAAUCUCCAGCUAUUGCAGAUCCCAACCCCCUGCUAGACUAAUAAGUGGAGAGGAACAUUUUUCAAGCAAGAAGUGCCUGGCUUGGUUUUAUGAGUAUGCAGGUCCUGAUGAAGUUGUAGGGCCAGAAGGAAUGGAAAAAUUUUGUGAAGACAUUGGUGUUGAACCUGAAAAUAUUAUUAUGUUAGUUUUAGCGUGGAAAUUGGAGGCUGAAAGCAUGGGAUUUUUUACCAAGGAAGAAUGGUUAAAGGGCAUGACUUCAUUACAGUGUGACUGCACAGAAAAAUUACAGAACAAAUUUGACUUUUUGCGCUCACAGUUGAAUGAUAUUUCUUCGUUUAAGAAUAUCUACAGAUACGCCUUUGAUUUUGCAAGGGAUAAAGAUCAGAGAAGUCUUGACAUUGAUACUGCUAAAUCUAUGUUAGCUCUUCUGCUUGGGAGGACAUGGCCACUGUUUUCAGUAUUUUACCAGUACCUGGAGCAAUCAAAGUAUCGUGUUAUGAAUAAAGAUCAGUGGUACAAUGUAUUAGAAUUCAGCAGAACAGUCCAUACUGAUCUUAGUAACUAUGAUGAAGAUGGUGCUUGGCCCGUUCUUCUUGAUGAAUUUGUUGAGUGGCAAAAAGUCCGUCAAAUAUCAUAGCAAGAACUAUUGUGAAGAAAAUGCAAACCUUUUGAUUCCUACAUGCAUACAAGCUGAUGAGCUGAGGAAAAAAACUCCAAGGGUGCAUUUUUAUUCAUAUGAAAGACUUCUCAUAGUACUUUUCUUUUCUUUCUUUUUUUUUUUUUAAGGAAGUUUUCUUGUUACAUGUGAUGGGCCUUGGUGCCCCACCUCUUCUGAGACUGAAUAUUGGAGUUUUUAUCUUGAGUUAUGUUGAUAACAUUUAUUUCAGAACAAUAAAGAUUCAGAUUUGUGAUAAAGGC